AUGCGUUUGAGCAUCCAACGUCGAAUCGCGGAAUUGAACGCCUUGACUCAGUCUAUGGCUUCAUUCAGUGCUCAGCAACGCUUCUACGACAUUCCGUUUUCCAGCCGCCGUUCUCACUCAGUAUGCAAACGAAUCAACUUCGCUGUGGAGCCAGAAAUUCUGUCGAACAUCACUUUAUCCUCCAGACGUCUUUCGUCUCAAGUCGAGAGUCUGGUUACAACGGAACCAAAGCCAACGUCUGCUUCUAAAUAUGCAACCAAGCUCCAUAUAGGUCACCUAUGUCCAUCUCCAGACGAAGACGGAGUUAUAUCUUUUGAAGAAGCCAAGAUUAGGUUGUUCCUUCUGCCCGCUAUCAGUUCCCUUGUUGGGGUUCGUCAAAUAAUAUGGGAUCUGGGUGAAUACGACCCAGAGUGGGCAACUCUUCUAGUCACAGAUGCCCUUGCAUCACUCCCGGCUCUGGAGGAUCUUCAUUUGAGUGUUUGGUUGGCUCCAGAUUCUCCCUGUGUGCAAUUCCAGCGGCUGUCCAACCUCAAAAAAUUCACCGUUAUCUCUGACUUCAAUAAUCGCACCGCAGUUAUCCGCACCGUCGCAGGACUGAUUGGAUGGAACCAGCCGGAGUUGACGAAUAUCACAAUUGUUGAUGAUGGCUACUACUCCGAUGGGUACGCGCCAACUCUCCAAGACUUUCUCGCGGAGACAUCUAGUUCAGUUUGCUUGAAAAUUACACAUCUCAAUUUGAGCGGCCUAUUUGUGAAAUUCGACGCUGGCGCACUUCGCCAUUUGAGAUCGUUGAUCUCGCUCACCAUAAUGAACAUCUCCUCGCCCUAUGAUGAAACUACAGAAUAUCAGGGUCCUGAAUUUUUGGCACAAAAAAUUUGGUCAACUUUGCGAUCAGAGAAAAUUCACCUACAAGAACUUGUCACGGACAACGCCCAGCCUGCCUUGGUCGAAUACUUAACAUCAUUUUCUGGUCUUCGGCGUCUCAGGCUUACUCGGACAUCAUCGUAUCACACACCUCAACAGGUGUCCAAUCAACUUGCGACACAGGUUUCCAAUCAACUUGCGAUCCACUUUUACGAACAAGGUCUCGAGAAUCAUAUUUCCUUUCUGGAGGCUCUUGAAGUUCAUUCAAGUUAUGAAGGAAUGUGGUGUUUUGGAAAACAUUGUUCCAACAUAAUCAAAAAAGCCACACGCCUUUCCCUUCUUGAAUUAUCUAUAAACUCUGAGGACAUUCCGAGGGGAGAAGAAAAGGUCCACGCUUAUGCGAAGAGUCAAUCCCCUACCAAAGAAAAUGCAAUCGGAGAACUUGGUAAAGAAGCUUUAGUGUUCGUCAUCUUAAAAAGUAUCGCAAGGCCGAUCCUCUUAGGUCGCGAACGGCGCUCCCUCGUCCAUUGGAUGCGCGGUUCUAAUGGCCGAUUUAUCGACACUGAGGGGAACAACGCCACAACCGCCAUCUUCUCCUUCUUUCGUCUCUUCGCACCGAGUUCCGCUUACCGCACUGUGGGCGACAACACCAAACUAGCGCAACUUCCACAAGCAUACACAUCCCAACCCAAAUCGCCUACUCCACAAUACGCACUAUCGUUGCCACCAAACAAGUCCUCGUCGAAGUACAGCAUCCCCAUGCACGUUCCAGGUCAACAAAAUUUCCUAGUCCCCACCAUGUCCCCUCCCCGUCCGGCUGCUCCGCCCAGUUACGCCUUGCCCCCUUCCUUAAACCCGCCCACGAAGGUGCCGCUCCUGCCUGGCGCUGGGCUGGGUCUGGAUCCUGGAACCAUCGUCCGCCCUUGCUCCGCUCCUCGCUCCGUAUCAACCAAUAGCAUCCACCCCCCGGCGCCAUUCCUUCCCACUCCCUCCCAAGCUGUAAGAUGGGGACUCACAAGUUCCUGGGAUCUACACUACGGGCUCAUGCAUAUGGGAGGAGCAGACGACCAAAGGAGUUUCUGCUACGGAAUCUAG